CGGGGCCGGGCCGGCGCCUCUGCCAACCCCGCCGGGCGCUCGGGACGCGGCGGGAAGAGAAAUUUUCUGCUGCGGACGAAGCUUUCGCUUCCCUGCGGAAAGAAAGGAGCGGCCGCGGUUCCCGAGCGCCCGGGCCGGGAUGUGAGGGAGGCGGUGGCGCGGCCGUGACGCGGCGCGGGGCGGAGCGGGCGCCGGUCGGUCCGGCCAUGCCGAAGCGCUCCUGCCCCUUCGGGGACGCGGCCCCGCUCCAGCUGAAGACCCGCGUGGGGCUGCGGGAGCUGAGCCGCGGCGUGCGGGGCGAGGAGUACCGGCGGGAGGUGUUCGAGAGGACCCGGCGGCUGCUCUUCAGGGGUGCCCAGGCCUACAUGGAGGGCGCGGCUGCCGCAGCCCGUGCGGCGGAGCCGGGGCCGGCCGGGGAGGCGCAGGGCGAGGGGCCCCGCUGGAGCGGGCAGCUCCUCAUCGGCCACGACGGGAAACUGCGGCGGCGGCCCGCGGACAGGGUUCUGCCGGUGGGAGCGUCCAGAGCCUGCUCGUCGUGUGUGAGAACGGCCGAUGUGAAGGAGGCGUGUGCGCAGUGUGACCGCUUCGUCUGCCAGAGCUGCAGCAGGCUCUGCAGCUGCUGUAACACGGUUACCUGCUCUUUGUGCUCCGCUGUUGAUUAUGGUGAUGUGGGAGAGCAAGUUCUCUGCAAUGGUUGUUCAGUAUUUCAAGUCUGAAACUUGAUGGCUAAAAGUCUGAACCCUUGUGGUUAAAACAUCCAUGAAUUUCAUGAAGUCUUCUCCUUGCAGCUGGUCAAAUAAUCCUUUUAGCAUGUGAAUUAGUUAUGGAAUUUCUAUGUUUUAUAUCUUUAUAUUGUACUUUUAAAUAUUGUAGCUAAAUAAACAUUUAUAUUUUAAAGCUU